UUCUGGUUAAAAAAAAAAGCCUGAGCUCCUUUUUAACUGUAAAGCAGCAGCUUCUCUCCCUCUGUUACACUAUAACACAAAACUUAGAAAACAAAACUUAACGAACGAACCAACCAACCAAAGAACCAACGAACCAACUGACGAACCGACGACCCAACAAACCCACUCAUUCUCUCAGUGCAGGAAAAUGGCAGAGGCCAGUAUUUCAGUAUAUCAGGAUCACUUCAGCUGUCCAGUGUGUCUGGAUCUCCUGAAUGACCCAGUGACUACUCCCUGUGGCCACAGUUUCUGUAAGGUGUGUAUUAAUGCUCACUGGGAUCAGGAGGAUGUGAAGGGCGUCUACAGCUGUCCUCAGUGUAGAGAGACUUUCACCCCAAGGCCUGUUCUACGCAGGAACAACAUGCUGGCUGAAGUGGUGGAGGAACUGAAGAAGACUGAACUCCAAGCUGUUUCUCCUGCUGUUUCAGCUAAAGCAGAAAGAACUAAAAAACAGAAUGAGUUAAAGGAGGAUCAGAUAAAAUCCCAGCAGAGGAUCCAGGAGAAGCAGAAGAAGGUGCAGGAGCUGAAACAGACUGUGGACAUUAUUAAGAUACGUUCACAGGCAGCAGUAGAUGACAAUGAGAGGAUCUUUACUGAGAUGAUCAGCUCCAUCGAGAAAAAGCGCUCGGAGGUGACGGAGCUGAUCAGAGCUCAGGAGAAAGAUGAAGUGAGUCGAGCUGAACGACUCCUGAAUCAACUGGAGCAGGAGAUUGCUGAUCUUAAGAGGAGAGUCACUGAGCUGGAGCAGCUUUCACACACACACGAUGACAUCCACUUCCUCCAGAGUUUCCCGUCUCUCUGUGUUUCUCCUGGAUGUGACGACUCACCCAGCUUCACUGUCAAUCAACAUCUCUCAUUUGAUGGAGUGAGGAAAUCUCUCUCAGAUCUGAAAAAACGAGUUGAACAAAUCUGUGAGAAGAAAUUCAACAAAAUCAGACCACAAGCUGCAGCAGUUCAGAUGAUUUUACCUUCAGAACCAAAGAGCAGAGAAGAUUUUCUGCAGUAUUUCUGUUAUCUGACUCUGGAUCCAAACACAGCACAUCCUGAUCUCAUUCUGUCUGAGACGAACAGAGUGGUGACACUGAGUAAGACACAACAGCGAUACUCUGAUCAUCCAGAGAGAUUUGACUCCUGGCCUCAGGUGUUGUGUAAGGAGAGUGUGUGUGGACGCUGUUACUGGGAGGUGGAGUGGAGCGAUGAGGUGUUAAUAUCAGUGUCAUAUAAAGAGAUCAGCAGGAAAGGACGGGGUGAUGAGUGUGGGUUUGGACACAACAGUCAGUCCUGGUGUCUGUGGUGUUCUUCUUCCUCUGUCACUUUCUAUCACAACAACAUUGAGACUGAGCUCCGAGGUCCAUCAUCCUCCAGAAUAGGAGUGUAUGUGGAUCACAAUGCAGGAACUCUGUCCUUCUACAUCGUCUCUGACACCAUGAGGCUCCUCCACAGAGUCCACACCACAUUCACUCAGCCUCUAUAUGCUGGAGUCUGUGUGUGGAGUUAUAACUCAUCUGUGAGGUUUUUGUGAUCAAAAAUAAAAAGUUAGUAAAAGUGUUUAUAAAAACUAUAAGUGAGGUGUGAGAUUUAAUUUGUCCCUGAGCUACACUGGACAUUUUGUGUGCAGAAACUGGAACAGUAAUGAAUGCAGAAUGUAGAAACAGACUAUUUAACUGUAUGCACUAUUAGGAUGGGUUUAUUAUAGUUGAUAUAAAAAUGUUCAAUGUCUCCUCAGAAAUAAUAAACUUUACUCAAACUG